AUGGCAUUCAGUCCACGUCCAGCCGACAAGCCUCUUCUCCUGGUCUUCGGCGCGCUGGCGCUGUCGAUGGACAUAUCCAGCAUUUCCAGAAUCCGUGAAGCAACAAGUCGAUCUCGCCAAGGCUGGCUACAAGACAUCGUAUCCGGCCUCCCGGCAGACUAUACCACAUGCCGCUCUGUCCUCUCCUCGCUGGGUCAAGACACUUCGUGCUAUGAGGCAGGCGUGGAGCAACUAGAUGACCUAACCCGCUUCUUCAGCAGAGACGUGACCGGUCAGGAGGCAGCAAGACUGGCGGCGUCAAUAUCCUUUCCGCUUCCCAACAAGUUGCUCAUUCCGCUGGUCGUCGUCGCCCAGCUAACGCAGUAUGCCGAAUUCCUGGCCCGCACCGGCAUAGGCCAUGGCCAGCAGUCGCCGGGGCCAGACACGGCUGGCGGUACGCCCGAGGUGGAGGCUGUCGGCUGCUGUGUUGGUCUUUUGAGCGCGUUCGUCGCGUCCAGUUCCAAGAACGAGGCCCAGUUCAAGAUGCACGCGGCCGCAGCCAUCCGGCUCGGCAUGCUGAUCGGAAGUGUGGUGGACAUAUUCGAGGGCCAGGACGGUCCCAAGUCAGGAGCCAUCAGUAUCUCAUGGGACUUGGGAGAAGACAGCAGCAGCAGCAGCAGCGUGCCCUCGACACUUGACAGCAUCCUGGCGGACUUCCCACAAACCUACAUAUCAAACCACCACGACCGCAACCGCGUCACCAUCACCGGUCCCCUGCACACACUCUCCUCCUUACGGCAUCGCCUUGAGAUGGCAUCCAACAUGAGCUCCACCAAUACCCCCGGCCUCCACGGCCGCUACCACGACUCCCGGCACUCGACCAGCUCGCUCGACGCUUUCUGCGAGACGCACCCCGAGUUCCAGCUGCCAGACGCCUCGGUGUGUCGGGUGCCGCCACGCCUCAACAGUAACGGCGGGCGCGCAGUCCACGGCGGCCGGCUGCACCAACACGCGCUGCGGGCCAUCCUGGUCGAAAAGCUGCGGUGGUUCGAGACAUUCCAGACAGUUCGGCGCGAGUUUCUUCGCGACGGCGAGAUUGUCGUGUUUGGCCUCGAGCGACCCAUACCGCCGUCCAUGUCUGUCGAGCUUGCGACGAGAGUCGACUACAGCUACAUGGCCGCCGUUACGGGCAUAGGGUACAGCACGACGCCGGGCAACAACACCAGCCCGGACGGCUUACCGUACUCGGAGAACGACAUAGCGGUGGUUGGCAUGUCCGCAAAGGUGGCUGGCGCAGACAGCCUCGAAGCCUUCUGGGACGUGCUCUGCGCAGGCGUAUCACAGCACAGCGAAGUGUCUCCGGACCGCUUCGGCGGCGGCUUCGGCAUGGACAAAAGCAUGUUCCGGACCGCCGCCCCCAACCGUUCACGCAAGUGGUUCGCCAACUUCCUCUCGGGCCCCGACGAGUUCGACCACCGCUUCUUCGGCAAGUCCCCGCGCGAGAGCGCCGCCAUGGACCCGCAGCAGCGGCACAUGUUGCAGGUCGCGUACCAAGCCGUCGAGCAGGCGGGCUACUUCAACAGCAAGCAGGACGAGACCAACGGCCGCGUGGGCUGCUUCGUCGGCUGCAGCACGUGCGACUACGAGCAGAACAUCGCCUGCCACGACGCUUCUGCCUUCUCGGCCACGGGACAGCUGCGCGCCUUUAUCGCCGGCAAGGUGAGCCACUACUUCGGGUGGACGGGGCCGGGCGUGACCAUCGACACGGCAUGCUCCUCGUCGGCGGUCGCCGUACACCAGGCGUGCCAGGCCAUACUUGCCGGUGACUGCGAUGCGGCGCUGGCCGGGGGCGCGUUUGUCAUGUGCGGGCCGCAGUGGUUCCAGGACCUCGCGGGCGCUUCGUUUCUAAGUCCCACGGGCCAGUGCAAGCCAUUCGACGCCGGCGCGGACGGCUACUGCCGCGGGGACGGCGUUGCAGCCGUGUUCCUGAAGCGGAUGGACAAGGCCCUCGCUGACGGGGACGAGAUCCUGGGCGUCAUUGGGGCUACCGUGGUGCAGCAGAACCAGAACUCGACGCCCAUUGUUGUGCCCAACGAAGCGUCGCUCUCGGACCUCUUCAAAACAGUGCUGGACAAGGCGGGUGUCCAGCCAGGCCAAGUUUCCGUGAUCGAGGCUCAUGGCACCGGAACAGCUGUCGGGGACCCGGCCGAGUACGGCGCGAUCCGACAAGUCUUUGGUGCCUCAUCAAAGCGACAGACACCACUUUCGCUCGGGUCGGUGAAGGGAUCCAUCGGCCACACUGAGUGCACGGCGGGCGUCCUCUCGCUGAUCAAAGUCAUUCUCAUGAUGUGCAAUGGCAGAAUCCCUCCACAGGCCUCUUUCAACACCAUCAACCCGUCUCUCAACGCCAGCCCUGCAGACAUGAUUGAAAUCCACACCGGGUCCGACAAAGCGUGGGACGCCCCGAGUAAAGCCGCGCUUGUGAACAGCUACGGUGCCUCGGGGUCCAACGCUUGCAUCCUCGUCAAGCAGCCGCCGCCGCCGCCGCCGAGGGUGGUGGAAGCGGGAAAAGUGGCGCUUGCGGAGACCGGAGACCGGCAAUUUCCAUUCUGGCUCUCCGGUCACGACGAGGAAGGCCUGCGACGAGGUGCUGGAGCACUACGCAAGUUCAUCUCGGGUCUCGGGAGGAAGACGACAGCCAACAACAACAAUAACAACGAACCGCCAUCAAUGGCCAAGAUAUCCGCGAGCGUAUACCGUCAGAAAAGCCACGCCCUACGCCGCGCGCUCUUCGUGAAAGCCUCGACGCUGGACGAGCUCGAGCGUAAGCUCCAAGCAUACGAGCAUGCCCAGCUGCAAGCCGACACUUCCACAUCGCUCCCAACCCCCAAGCCAGUCAUUCUGUGCUUCGGCGGACAAGUAUCGACUAGCGUAGGCCUCGACAGGGACGUCUUCGAGCGCAUGGCGAUCCUGCGCAAGCACCUCAACGAAGUCGACGCCGUCGCCACCGCACAAGGCGUCGGCAGCAUCUACCCGUCCAUCUUCGAAACCACGCCGGUCGCGGACCCUGUCAAGCUCCAGGUUGCACUCCUCGCACUGCAAUACGCAUGCGCUCGCAGCUGGAUGGACUGCGGCAUCACCCCAGCCGCCGUCGUCGGCCACAGCUUCGGCGAAAUCACCGCGGCGUGCGUAGCCGGCGUGCUGAGCCUGCGGGACGCAGUCAAACUGGUCGUCAGACGCGCCAGUCUCGUGCGUGAUCGCUGGGGCCCGGACAGAGGAGCCAUGCUUGCCGUCGAGGCAGACCUGGCGGAUGUGCAGGGCCUGAUUGCCGAGUCCGGGGGCCAGGUAGCCGUGGCGUGCUACAACGGGCCUCGAAGCUUCACUCUCGCCGGAUCCACCGCUGCCAUCGAGGCGGUCGCGCAAAAGGCAGCCUUGACCUGCGCCGCUGCCCGAGGAGCCAGGCCCUUCAAGGCCAAGGUGUUGAACGUCACGCAUGCCUUCCACAGUGUUCUUGUCGAGCCACACAUUGUGGAGGAACUGGAACGGUGUGCCCAGACCUUGACCUUUCAGAAGCCGAAGAUCCACAUGGAGAAAGCGGAUGAGCUCGGGGGUGCCGAAGACAAGGAGAGGCUGGGCCCGGCCUUCUUACCCAGGCAGAUGCGGAACCCGGUAUACUUCCACCAUGCCAUCGAGAGACUGGCCGAAAAGCACCAGAGUACGGGUGCCAUCUUCCUCGAGGCAGGUUCCGCGUCCACCGUCACCAGCCUGGCCAGCCGGGCCCUCGUUGGCCAGUCGGAUGGAGACUACUACAAGUUCCAGCCCGUAAUCAUCACCAGCACCCGGCCAGCGACCAGCUCAGCAAAGUGCUGGGAUGGUCUCGUGGACGCAACAAUCAAACUCUGGACUGCCGGCGCCGGGCCAGCCCUGCAGUUCUGGGCACAUCAUCCCCUGCAAACCAAGAACGACCCAUCGCCGCCCCUACUGCUCCCGCCGUACCAGUUCGAACCCUCGAGGCAUUGGCUCGACCGUCUCCCUCCGCCCCGGGAGCUGUCACAAGAGGAAGAAGCCAGUGCCGGAACAGACAAGACCUCGGCCACCGGCUUGGUAUGCUUCACCGGCUUGGCAGACGACGGUAACAGCAACAAGGUCAGGUUCCGUGUCGUCAGCGACCACCCCCGAUACAAGAAGCUCGUCAACGGUCACCACAUGGCGCGCACGGCAGGUAUCUGCCCGGUGUUUGUGCAGCUGGACCUCGUCAUCCAGGCUCUUUGCAUGACCCUGCGCACGCCUGUCGGACUUGAGAAUAACGGACACAGCAACGAUUUGCUCAUUGCAUCAGGCCAGGAACCGCACAUCCACAACGUGGUCUGCCUCGCACCACUCUGUGACAACCCGGCUCGCAUGGUUUGGCUCGAGAUUUCGCCUGCGUCGACUUCAUGUAGUCUCCUUCGCUCUGCCAACGGCGGCGACGAAUAUCUCGGGGGAGGCGAUGGCGACAACAGGGGCGAGAUUUCCUUCGAGCUGUAUAGCACCGAUAUGGUCGACGAUCCCCUGGCUUCAAACCUUGGGCUGUCCGAGAAGAACAAGAUUCUGCACACGUCCGGGGAAAUCAGCCUCGCCUCCCGCAGCGACCCAGCAGCCAAACGGGACAUUGAGCAAUUCGCACGCCUCGUCAACAUGGGCCAGAUCACGCAGCUGCUGCACAGCAGCGCCGUGGACCUGGACAUCAGUCUCUCACACGACAACGUGUACCACAUGUUUGAGGAAGUCGUCGAGUACUGCGCCGAAUACCGUGGUAUCCAACGACUCGUAUCUCGCAACAACCAGAGCGUCGCAAUCGUGAAUCGCCAAGUCGACGACGGCGGCAGCAGCUAUGAUGGCCGUCACUCGUGGCUCCAGCCCUGCGUGGCGGAUACGCUGGCCCAGGUUGCCGGGAUAUGGAUGAACUGCUUGGCCGUGGAUCGGGAGCCCGGAUGUCUGUAUGUCUUCAGCGGACUGGAGCGGUGGCUGAGAGCACCAAGUCUGGAUGAGGAUAUCAAUGGUGGCCAACCGUCUGAUAUGCAUCUGCUGGCGACUCACCACCGCACAUCGAACAAGACGGCCGUUAGUGAUGUAUUCGCUUUCGAUUCUCGUACUGGGAAGCUACUCGAGGUCAUCCUCGGCGUGGGAUGGGCUAAGGUGCCGAGGUCGCAUAUGCAGAAGACGCUUGUGCGGUGCGCCGGAGCCCAACGUACCGGGCUUGCAGCACAGGGACUGGCUUCAGACCCGACGGGAGCGGGAGCAACGGAAGCAGCAGCAGCAGGAGCACAAUAUUCCAACCUCGCCAACCACCAGAAGAUGGAAGACAAGGGGCAGAGACUCGCGCCGUCAGGAGUCUCCCAUGCCAGGUCUCCCUUGGCGGUGACAGGAGGCGCAGACACGCUAGACGUUGCUGGCAAGCUCAAGAGCAUUCUGGUCGAGCUCUCGGGCAUCGAGACGUGCAAUCUUACCGACGACAGCGAGCUGGCGGACCUCGGCAUCGACUCGCUCAUGAACAUGGAGCUGGCGUCUGAGAUCCGAACUGCCUUCAAGCUUAGGAUCAACGAGGGCGCCCUACUGGAGGCGGCAACCGUUGCUGACCUGACGCUGCAUGUGCGGGAGCUCGUCGAAACACAAAAUCCAGGCGUGCUGGCACGUGGAAACACGGCGUCGUCCAUCCCAGCGUCGUCGGUCUUGGCGGCCGAUGCGGAUAAUACCAAAUGGAGUAGUCCAACCGCCGGGUCCGAGCCGGACCUAUCCACGCCGACUUCACCCCCGUCAUCAGCUGUGGUGAUGGAGUACGUCCGCACCAUGACCCAAGGCUGGGCCGCCCCUUUAGAAAUGGCUGCCGCCGCUGAUGGCACAAUCACCGCACCUAGAGCCACGAGAACUCAAGACCGCGUAGUGGUCGUGACAGGAGGCACAGGCGGCCUCGGCGCGCAUCUCGUAGUGAAACUGGCCACAGAUCCCAGCGUGGCCCGCGUUGUCUGCCUCAACCGCCGCAAGCCCAACAACAACAGCAAUGCCACUGCCCGCCAGCUUCGAGCAAUCCUCACCAAGACCGGCAUAGACCUUGGCCAGGCACGCUAUUCUGCCGCGAGAGCAAAGCUCGACGUCCUCGAGACGGAUCUUUCGCAGCCCGCGCUGGGCCUCGACCCCGCGGCAUACCUCGAUCUAACCCGCAGCGUCGGCGAGAUUGUACACAACUGCUGGCUCAUGAGCCUGGGGCGGGACAUCGGCCACUUCGAGCCGCAGCUGCGCAUCAUGCGCCACAUGCUCGACCUCGCGCGCGAUGCGGCGCUGCGCCAGCCCCCGACGACGACGACGACGCCACAUGCAAUCACCUUCCAGUUCGUGUCAUCGGUGGCGGUGGUUGGCCACGCGCCCGCGGGCGCGGUACCCGAGGAACGCGUGCGCGGUAUCGAGAGCGUGCUGGCGGCCGGGUACGCCGAGGCCAAGUGGGCGUGCGAGCUGAUGAUGGACGCGACGCUGCACCGGUGGCCCGCCGGGGACGGUAUGUUCCGGGCGAUGGUGGUGCGCCUGGGCCAGAUCGCGGCGUCGCGCGUGAGCGGCUACUGGAACGCGGGCGAGCACGUCUCGUUCAUCAUCAAGUCGUCGCAAACGCUCGGGGUGCUGCCACGGCUGGGCGGCGUGCUGACGUGGACCCCGGUGGAAGACGUAGCGGGCGCGUUGACAGACUUGCUCGUCGUAGCGGCGCGGCCCUAUGCAGUGUAUCAUGUGGAUAACCCCGUGAGGCAGCCCUGGGCGGACAUGAUUGCUGUGCUGGCAAGGGAGCUCGGGUUGGAUGAUAACGGCGGCGAGUGUGCGGUUCCGUUUGCCGAGUGGGUGCGGCGGGUGCGCGAGGUCGGGCCGCGAGCCGGGAACCCGGCGUAUGUGCUCGUUGACUUCCUCGAGGCUAACUUCAUGCACAUCUCGUGUGGCGGCCUGUUGCUUGAGACAAGCCAUUCACGGGAGCACUCGCCCACGAUGCGUCAAGUUGGGCCCUUUGGCCAAGAUUUGACGCGUUUGUUUAUUCGGAGGUGGAAGGAAUCGGGCUUCUUGUCGCCGUAG